AGACCUUGGAGAUUUCUGGGGGGGACUCGUGCAAAGUGUUAUUUAUUAUCACUCCUCUUGGAAUAACUAAUAAUCUCUCUUGACAGGCCAAUCAUGUGAGCUGUCAGCGGAUCUCAAAGCACUUUCCUGAUUUCUUUGCUUACAGAUCAACUGGAUGGACUCUGGCACUCUCCAAAAUCAACCCGUGCCCGAGUCACCAGGAAUAUGGUCAUUAGUUGCUUUAUAUAGGUAUCAGUUCCUGCUCUCUGAGCCCCUGUGACUCUGGCCUGCUAAGCAGUGACCCACUUGAGUUGCCUUGUGCUGCGUGGAUCCAACAUUCUGUCUAGGGGGCCCUCUGGGCUCACACAACGCGCUGACGGUUCAAAUCAGGAAAUAAAAGCUAGAGAACGUUAUCGUUCCCCAGAUCACACAUUGCUUCGCUGCGCGCGCACACACAGUCACCCGGCGCUGAGCACUGCAGCAUCGGUCUGCGGGCAAACGCCGAGGUAUGGAUGUCCAAGAGAGGUUGGCAUUGGAUAUUUCCACCCGAAAUCCCCAGGACGACUUCGAGCUGCUGCAGAGAGUUGGCGGAGGGACCUACGGGGAAGUUUAUAAGGCGAAGAACAAAGGCACCGGCGAGCUGGCUGCCAUAAAGAUUGUGAAGAUGGAGUCAGGUGAGGGAUGGUGGGUUCCCCUGUGGGAGAGGGGCCUCGCCUGUCUGUCUGACCCCCUGGAGCCUCGUCUGUUGAACAAGCUGUGGAUCUGCAUGGAGUUCUGCGGGGCCGGAUCUCUGCAGGACAUUUACCACGUCACCGGCCCCCUGUCAGAGCAGCAAAUCGCCUACGUCUGCAGAGAAACGUUGCAGGGUCUGUCUUAUCUUCACAUCCAAGGCAAGAUCCAUAGAGACAUCAAGGGAGCCCAACCACCUCAUCAAUGACACGGAGAACUGAAACUCGCGGAUUUUGGGAUCUCGGCCCAGAUCAGCGCCACCUUCGCCCGCAGGAUGUCCUUCAUCGGCACCCCCUACUGGAUGGCGCCCGAGGUGGCAGCGGUGGAGCUGAAAGGCGGCUACAAUGAGCUGUGCGACAUCUGGUCCGUGGGCAUCACGGCGGUGGAGCUGGCCGAGCUGCAGCCCCCCAUGUUCUACGUCCACCCCCUGCGGGUGCUGUUCCUGAUGUCCAAGAGCGGCUACCAGCCGCCGAAGCUAAAAGACAAGGCAAAGUGGACUCCGGCCUUCCACAACUUCGUGAAGGUGACGCUGACCAAGAACCCCAAGAAGCGGCCGAGUGCUGCCAAGAUGCUGAGCCACCAGUUUGUGGCCCAGCCGGGCCUGAGCCGGAGCCUGACGCAGGAGCUGCUGGAGAAGCUGCGGAACCCAGACAAGCUGCCGCGCUGCUGCGAGCCGGAGGAGGAAGAGGCCGAGCUGCCACCCCCGGUGCCCCAGCGGAUCCACUCCACGCACCGGCACGCCCCGGCCGAGCGCAGCAACUCCGACAUCAACCGCAUGCCCAUCAAGAUCAGGACCCAGUGAAGGAAGCCGACGCCCGUGCACGUGGUAGGUGCUGCC